CGUCGCUGGCGUUCGUCGGGGACUCGCUCGCCAGGAACCACAUGCAGUCCCUCAUGUGCCUCCUGUCCAAGGUGGCGUACCCCAAAGACGUCUCGACGACGACGAACCCAGAGUUCCGGACGAUGCGCUACGAGGCGUACAACUUCACCAUGGCCAUCUUCUGGUCGCCGUUCCUGGUCCGGGGGCACCAGCCGGACCCGCGGCGCCACAUGUGGGACAUCUACCUGGACGAGCCGGACGCGGCGUGGCGCGACGCCGUCUCGGGCUUCGACCGCGUGGUCCUGUCGGCGGCGACCUGGUUCACCCGGCCGGCCAUGUUCUACGAGGCCGGCGGGGGGCGCGUCCGCGUCGUGGGGUGCCACUACUGCCUGGUCCCGGGCGUCCCCGACCGGACGCUGCGCUACUCGCUGCGCAUGGCGCUCCGCUCCGCGCUCCGCGUGCUCACGGGGCCCCGGUUCAACGGGACGGUGAUCCUGCGGACGCUGUCGCCGACGUCGCACUUCGAGGGCGGGGAGUGGGACCGCGGCGGGGACUGCCGGCGGACGCGGCCGUUCGCGGCCAACGAGACGCGGGUGGCGGGGCUGGACCUCGACCUCCACGCGGUGCAGGUGGAGGAGUUCUCCAGGGCCAGGGCCGAGGCGGAGGCGUCUGGCGGGGGGACGAGGCUGGCGCUCAUGGACACCACGGCGGCCAUGGUGCUUCGGCCGGACGGCCACCCGAGCCGGUACGGGCACUGGCCGCACGAGAACGUGACGCUGUACAACGACUGCGUGCACUGGUGCCUCCCCGGCCCCAUCGACGCCUGGAACGACAUGCUGCUCCAGAUGCUCCUCGCGGACCCAUCUUGAUGUCCGUGUGUUUCUUCCGCUAGCUCCAAUUUGUCCCAGGAAAACAAACUAAUUUGAGCGCGCAAAUUUACAAAACUAGACCGGAACUAACUGAGCUGAGCGUGCACGAAUCCAGCGGCCACAGCUGGGUAAAAUGCCGUGCCACUAUGGCAAUUUGUAUCAGCUUGAUCUACAGAACAAUUGGCCGAGCAAUCUCCUUCGUCGGCCU